UAAAUUUGUAAUAAUAUUCAUAAAUUCAACAAUCUUGUUUCCAUUUCUCUCUCUCUCUCUGCAACAGCAACAGCAACAUCAACAUUCAGUUGAGUAGAAUUGAGAUCUCUUACGCCAAUCAAUGAUACACUUUGUGUUGCUCAUUAGUCGUCAAGGGAAGGUCAGGCUCACAAAAUGGUAUUCACCUUACACUCAGAAGGAAAGAAGUAAGGUAAUCCGUGAGCUCAGUGGAGUGAUUCUUAGCCGUGCUCCCAAGCUCUGUAACUUUGUAGAGUGGAGAGGACAUAAAGUUGUUUAUAAAAGGUAUGCUAGUCUAUAUUUCUGUAUGUGUAUUGAUGACACCGACAACGAAUUGGAAGUCCUUGAAAUGAUUCAUCAUUUUGUGGAGAUUCUUGAUCGGUAUUUUGGCAGUGUCUGUGAACUAGACUUGAUAUUCAACUUCCAUAAGGCCUAUUAUAUACUUGAUGAACUUCUAAUUGCUGGUGAGCUUCAGGAGUCAAGCAAAAAAACUGUUGCCCGGUUGAUAGCUGCGCAGGAUUCAUUGGUGGAAACUGCAAAGGAAGAAGCCAGUUCCUUGAGUAAUAUUAUUGCACAAGCCACUAAGUAAGGACUCCAAUGUUGCAAUUGCUGUCAUAUAAUUGCACAAGCCAGUAAGGAGAUCGGAUGUUGUAACUGUUGGCAUUUUUAGGAAUGAAGAUAUGUUUGGUACGAUUUAAGUGUGAACUUUAUUGUUAAGUUGGAUUUGUAAAAUAGAAAAAGAAAGACAAAAAGUAAGACCUGACAGGGAAUUUCAUCUUCUUGAGCUGCCUUUCAAUGCUCAUGGAUGGCUAUUUCAAGUUUGUAUACAUGUUAAACUGUUUAUUACCGGUGUUGAUCUAUUUGUCUGAGGAUCAAUAAUACUUUCAUUUUGUACAA